AUGUCGAUGGGCAUGACCGGUACUGCGACCGCCGCCAGCAGCGCAACCACAUCCGCCAUGUCCACGGAUAUGGGCAUGGACAUGGGAGGCGGCGCCUCCUGCAAGAUCUCCAUGCUCUGGAACUGGAACACGGUCGACGCGUGCUUCAUAUCCAAAAGCUGGCAGAUCACGUCCUCGGGCAUGUUCGCAGGGUCCUGCAUCGGCGUGAUCCUCCUGGUCAUGGCGCUGGAGAUGCUGCGCCGGGCAACGAAGGAAUACGACGGCUACCUCGUGCGCAAGCACAUCGCAUCUGUGGGACCCGCCAGCUCAGGAACCAGUUCGCCCCCGACGGCAGCUACGACCACGACUACAACAACGGCUGGGACCAAGGCAAGCCCCGGAUCGAGUGUCACGGACGAAAGAGGGGUUCCAGCGUGUGUUACAAGUGGUGACCGAGGUUUCCGGCCUUCGAUACUCGAACAGGCCGUUCGUGCGUUGCUUCACACGGUGCAGUUUGCAGUUGCGUACUUCAUCAUGCUGCUUGCCAUGUACUAUAACGGCUACUUCAUCAUCUGCAUCUUCAUUGGUGCAUACCUUGGUGCCUUCGUCUUCCAGUGGGAAGUCCUUGGAAGAGGCGCUUCAACAGGUGCAACCAAAGAGGCCACGGUGUGCUGCGGCUAG